CGGAGCACCAAAUUAACCAUCGAAACCAUGUGCAAAAGUAUGAAAAUGAUUUACUCAAAUGUCUUAUUAGAUGGUUAAAGCCGGAAAAUGUACAGUUUUUCUGAAAAAUUCAGUGGUCAUAGAAGAUCCACGUAGCCACUCACUGGGAAAUGGUAAAAAAAAUCAGGCAAACCCCACCACCACCCUCUCAAUCAAAUCGUCAAACUUUUUAUCAAUAGCUUCUACUCUUCUUCUUCUUCUUCUUCCUUUUUUUUUUUUUUUUUUUUUUUUUUUUUGUUUUUGGCUUUUAUUUAUGCCUUUGCUUCUUUCUAUAGGAUUGAUGAUAAAAGCCACUAUCAGUUUCGUUCUUUUAAAAGAAUUGUGCUACCACAUUUGAUGGAGAACAACCCCAGUUGUUCAACAACUGAUAGGAAAACCAUAGAGAGGAAUAGAAGAAAUCAAAUGAAAGCUCUCUACUCCCAGCUUAAUUCUCUUGUGCCCCAUCACAGCUCCAGGGAAUCAGUGUCUCUGCCUGAUCAGCUAGAUGAGGCAGCAAACUAUAUAAAGAAGUUGCAGAUAAAGUUGGAGAAAAUGAAAGAAAGAAAAGACAGUUUAAUGGGAAUCGAAAGGCCAAAUGCAAGUGCAGGCUGCAGUACUAGAGCAGGAAUGCGGUUAAGAUCUCCACAAAUUGAGGUUAAUGGAAUAGGUUCGGCAUUAGAGGUUGUUUUACUGACAGGGUUGGAUUGUCAGUUCUUGUUCAACGAGACUAUCCGCAUUCUUCAAGAGGAGGGAGCUGAGAUUGUUAAUGCCACUUUUUCUGUUCUAGAUGAUACUGUUUUCCACAUCAUACAUUCCAAGGUUGAAGAUUCUGCCCCUAGUUAUGAAGCUGCAAGGAUCUCUAAGAGGUUAAAGAAGUUUGCUGAAGAUUCUGCCCCUAGUCACUGAAGUUUCGCAGAUUUAAUGGAGAAAGUGCCAUGAGAUGCACUAACUAGUAUAGUAGCUUCUUUUUUUUUUUUUCAUUUAUGUAUUUUCUUUUAAAGACAAAGUACUUGAAAAAGUUUUAAAAUAUGCAUGCUUCAUGUCAAUAAAUACUGUAGAUCUAUUAGUUCUU